GAGGAUCAUGAUUACAUACAUGCAAACUGGGUGGAUGGUUAUCGAGAGCCAAAAAAGUACAUUAUAACCCAAGCACCUCUUCCUCACACAACGAGUCAAUUUUGGAAAAUGUUGUGGCAGGAAAAAUGCUUGGUAGUCGUCUCUAUGAUUCAAAUGUUUGACGUUACUGGAGCGGAGGUUAAUAUGUUGAGCUGUAAAAAAAGCGGUUAUAGUAACCGCGAUAUCAACCUCAUCCAUUGUGGAACUCGUUGUGUUAGAGAAACAUACGACGUCAUUCAUAAAGGAGAAGAACGGCUUCUUCUUCACCUUUGCUACUUUUCAUGGGGAUACAGAGGAACACCAAAAAAGCCAACAGAGGUGCUAAAUUUUAUUACUGACAUCAAUUAUAACAGAGAGCUCCUUAUCAAGCAAGCUGUUGGCGAUAAAUUUUAUAGCAGCCCGAUAGUUAUUCACUGUCUCGCUGGUACGGCGAGGAGUGCAAUGGUAACUGCUCUCGAUAUUUGCCUCAGAAAGCUCGACGACACAGCGAGACGGAAAUGCGGCCCUUUCGUUGAUGUCGAAGACGUUGUACUUCGACUCCGAACACAACGUGCCAUGAAACCCGAGCAAUACCUAUUCAUUCAUCUCGCCGUUUUCGAAUAUGCUGUACGCCAAGGAUAUAUACCAGACGAAAUUUACAAGGAGAUUGACCUUGAAGGAUUCUUCUAUGAAAAAAAGCAAAGAGAAGAAAGUCAGAAAAAAUAG